AGAGCGUCAGAUACUGUACAAAGGUCAAGAUGGGAGGUGCACUUCUGGGACUGUUUGCAGGGGCAACUACCGUAUUCCUGAAGCGUUCGCUCGUACAGGCGUCCAGGGGCGUUGCCAGCAUGGCUGCAGGAGGUGAGGACGAGUGGAAGAAUGCCACGUCCAUCUAUGACUUCACUGCCAAAGACAUAGAUGGGAAUGAAGUCUCGCUAGAGAAAUACCGGGAUCAUGUCUGUCUCAUCGUCAACGUGGCGUGCAAAUGAGGCGGGACGAACGUGAAUUACACACAGCUGCAGGAGCUCCACGACAAGUACGCGGAGUCCAAAGGCUUGUGUAUACUAGCGUUCCCGUGCAAUCAGUUUGGGGGGCAGGAGCCGUGGCCUGAACCUGAGAUUAAGCAGUGGGUGACGGACAAGUUUGGGGUUAAGUUUGACAUGUUCAGUAAGAUUAACGUCAACGGUAAGGACGCACACCCUCUGUGGAAGUACCUGAAGAGCAAGCAAGGAGGGACUCUCAUCGAUGCUAUCAAAUGGAACUUUACCAAGUUCUUGAUCAACAAGGAGGGCCAACCUGUGAAGCGAUAUGGGCCUAAUGUGAAACCUUUGGAGAUUGAGAAGGAUUUCGAGCCCUACUGGUAGACGUCGUGUUUUGAUGAACCGUUGUCAUGGCAACAGAGACGUUGCGCAGAGUCUGGUGGUCAGUUUGAUGAAGGCGACCCUCAGAAACCCGCCCGCGGGGGAGUGUUGCUGGAUGGAGCGUACUGAGAACCACACUCUGCACAAUGUUUACCGUUGCCUUGGCAACGCGUUCAUGUAAACAUGACCUCGCUCAUCAAGCUUUAAGCUAUGUUUUACAACCAUUUCAUGUAGUUAAAGUGAAAAGUUGGCGUAACAAGUUAUGAUGUUUUAGA